CACUUUGAUGUGGCACCACUAAACUGCCAUAUCGACAUUUUAUUAAAAACAAAAGAAAAAUUUGUUUAACAUUUUCCCAAGCAAUUGAAUAGGAAUUACGAACGCUUACACCAUUAUACCAUUAAAUUGUUCAUUAGAGUACCCGAUUGAAUCGAUCGAAAUCUCGACAUAACCUUCACAAUGGAUUCGCAGUUGGAAGUGAAAAUGGGUCAAUUGAGACCCGCAAAACUGGAGAAGAAAGAGCCGAAAGUCUUUAAUAAGGGUGAGGUUACUCUUGAGCCGACGGCAAGACUGAUGCGUUUCCUUUACAUCGGUAACGAUCGAAAUGUUAUGGUUAGCCAGAGAUGCAAUCCCAUUUCACUUGAUGAUCUGGAUAACCGCUUAAGUUUCAUCAAAGACAUGGCUGCUUUGCGAUUUAGCUUGCCGUUCGGUAUCAUUAAGAAAGUCAUGCUGAGCGACACUCUACGCCGUAAUGAUGAGGCUAUUUUGGCUAUUGCGUAUUGUCUUCGUCGAGUUACCAAUAUCGCAGCAGUGGACAUACCCAAAAUGCAGGCCGAGAUUUAUCGAGCAGUUCCAGAUCUACUGAAGACCGAUAGCGAUUUGUUUUUGUUCGUUUCGCUGAACUGUAAGGUUUACAAUAAAACGAGUUUUGGUCGAGGAAUGAAAACCGCGAUCCGUCUGUGGUAUGAACAGCGAACGGCAAAAGAGCUGGCUGAUAUAUUCGGUCGGAAUCGUGGGAUGCACGGAUGGACUCAUUGUGACAUCAUCCGGAUGUGCCACUUGAAAUUUGACGAAACCACAGAAAAUGACAAAGCGAAAGUCAUUGCUACACUGUUCAAGCGGUCCACAGCAACCAUUACCGAUCUGAAAGCACAGCAGGCAACCGUUCCGGACGAAAAUUGGCCGGAGGCAAUAAAACGAAUCUAUCAAAUAUGUUCGUUGAAGGUCAACGAAAGUGCAUCGGACGCCGCCGAAAUGAUUCGAUUGUACAAUUUCGAUAUCGAACAGUUGCCGAUUCAUUUGAUAUCACAAAUUGAAAUUUGGGACAUUUUGAUACCGACGAUGAGCUACCGUGAUGUGUUGAAAGUCUUGCAAACGUUACACUCGUUAAAUAUGCUGAAACCGGACGAUGCAUUAUUGAAAAAGAUGAGCGGACCACUUGGUAACAGCAACCUAAUCAAGGCAUCCAAUAUGCAUCCGCUGGAAAUUUAUUCAAUUUGCAAAUCGUAUGAAAAGAAUGAGCGGUACAACGAAACGGUCAAGAAUAAAUGGUACCAGAAGAAAAAAGUGAAAAAACUAGGACUGGUUACCAGCCCGACCAUCACCGAACGAUUGUUAGUCGGAGUUAACCAUGCAACUAACAGUAGUCCGCAAACUGGAUGCGAUUUUUGCAUUACAUUGGAUUUGAGAGAAUCAGCGAAAAAACGUGCUGUGCUGCGCAUGAAGCAAGUAACUUGUUUGGAAGCGAUGGUCUUGUUUGCCUUAACAUUUCAGAAGCGCGAACGAAACACCAGCAUUUUUUCGUUCACUCCACACGAAGAUGUAUUGAUGCCGAUUCCAUUCACCACGGACAUGACAUUCGAGCAGGCCUUGACCUACUGUGAAAAGCUAGUGGUGAAAAGAACCAAACCGAAGCUCUCUCUACCGAUGCAGUAUGUUGACAAGAAGUUCAAGAAUACGAUUUUCAUUACCAUUGUUGAUUCGGUGGCUAGAUUUUGCCAAAGUGGAGAAGCGCCGAUUGAUCAAUUUCGAUUGUAUAGGAAGACGCACACUCAUUCCAAAUUCAUCGUAUUAAAUUUGCAGAGAAGUGAUGGCGAUCUUCAAUUUUCUUAUGAGAAAGGAUUUCUCGAGAUAUGUGGACUCACGCCAGAUACAUGGAAAAUUAUAAAUGCGUUCGCUACCAAUUCGUUCGCUUAGAUAUCGCAAUCUUCUACAAAUUUUCCAUUACGAAUCAUUAUUGAAAUUAUCCCUUUUUUACCAUUUUUAUUUAUUUUAAUUUUUUUUUUUACGGAUUCACUCACAAAGCAAAGAUAUUGUAAUGCCUUCUUAGAAUUCGAAACAAAUCAUUUACGAUUAUUUAUCGGUUUAUGUUUAUUCUAGAUUUUAUCGGUAGCGUUAUUACUGAACUAAUGUUAAAAAAUUUAUUUGAAUUAUUAUAAUCAUCCAUAUUACGUAAAUAAAACGAAUUCUCUUA